AAGAGGCACCGAGGACUGGCCUUCGUGGGUGGAGGCCUUGGCCGACCCAGAUUCCGGUGCCCGUUUUCGUCAAAGGGCUCGGCAGCCGAUAUACCGGUCGUGAACACCGGUUUUCCCUCGUCAAGUGGGUCUGGUUCGAUUGAGGAGCAUAUCCGAGAUGUCACCGUUCCUCCUCUUAGAAGUCCUCCAUGAGGCACCCUCCGCAUGUCAUCCUUUUCCUCUUAGAAGUCCUCCAUGAGGCACCUCCGCAUGUCAUCCUUUUCCUCUUAGAAGUCCUCAAUGAGGCACCGAAGCGUCCUCCCCCAAGGAGGCCCCGAGCAAAAGUCCUCCAGAUCGACUGGCAGGCGUCAAGAAAAGUCCUUCACCGAUGCGAGGCCCCGAAAUUCAAGUCCUCUAGACCGACUAGGGGCGUCAAGGAAAAAGUCCUCCACCGACGCGAGGCCCCGAGCAAAAGUCCUCUCGGCCGACUAGAGGCGUCAAGGAAAGUCCUCCACCGAUGCGAGGCCUCGAGCGGAAGUCCUCCAGAUCGACUGGCAGGCGUCAAGGAAAGCCCUCUACCGAAGCAGGCCCUCGGGACGUCAAGGCAAGCCCUCUACCGAAGAGGCCAUUUCGGGAAAAGUCCUCUAGACCGACUAGAGGCGUCAAGGAAAGCCCUCCUUCGUCGAUCGAAAGGAGGCCCUCGGGAUUCGGAAAGACCUCCCGUGUACAAAUCGGGAGGCAACUUUAACUUGGAAGUCCUCUUCGGAGGCACCGUAACCAGCAGCAAUUCGACGUGGUUCGCGUCCCCUUUUCCUCUUCCCAUUUCUCUCUCUCUGUCUUCACCUUCACAGACUGACAUGUUCUUCCAGUCGACUAGCCGGUUUACCCGAGUCAGGACCUGGGCCAGCAGGUUCCCUAGAUGCAAGGCACCCGUGCAGAUCGACACUUUCGUUUGCUCCGUCGUCGUCCGAUCCUUUCUGCUGCUGCAGGUGGUCUCGUUGGUUUUCUGGGAAAACACCUAAAAAAAAUUGAAAAUGGGAAAUUCACAAAAAAACUUGAAAAUUAAAAAAAGAAAAGAAAAAAGGGCGGAAAAUUGGAAAUUACAAAAAAAAUGCUUUUCUGCGUUGGCUUUUCUGUAUAUCUUUAUCUCGGAGUUUGGAUUUUGCGGUCUGUUGUUUGGAGUUUGGGUCUGUUCUUUUUCUGCAUAUUUCUUUUCUUUUCUUUUUUGGGAGGUGGGAGGGUUUCUGUAUUUC